CCAACACGGUUCCUGAAUAUUCAUGAUAGUGGCUCUAAACGUCAGGACGCAGCGGCGGCUCGUCCUCCUUGUCAGAGAGGCUGGGAGAGAGAAGAGGAGGGACAGCAUGCCACAUCGCUCGGCUGCGUUUCUCCCACCGACGCUGAGCGACGGCUUGUGCGGUUAAGCGCAAAUCUGCCCUCAACCCGUCUCCAGGCUGCGGCGGCAGCUCGGCGAGGCUCGGCGCUGCGAUGAACUGACGGGAGGAGAGAAGCAGCAAAGCAAGGGAGAGAUAGAGAAACACCGCCUUCUUCUCUUCUCUAAUUUAUUUAUUUAUCUUAAAAAAAAAAAAAAAAAAAAAAAGCGAGCUCGUAUUUACUGGACGCACCUUGGGUUCGUAUCUUGAGAGCGGGAGAGGUGGGGAGGGGGGUGUGGAGAAAUCGAGCGACCGCCGAAAAGGAAAGACGGUGACUGCGAGGAAAUGCUUCGGGACAAGCGGCCAUAAGCAGAGAGGAAGGGAGAGGGAGAGUUACCUGCACGAUGAAGGAGACACGUCGGGGUUAAACGGAGCUGGCGACUUCCCACGUUGCGGGGGAAGAGAUGUUUUGCAACUGUCGUCCGCUGUUUGGAGGGGAUAUGCCUCCCCUGGCGUCAGCAUUCGCUUGUAUGGCGUAGUGUUUGGGGGAGCUGAGCACGUAAAGCUGUCCCCAUUGAAGCCCAUAAACAUAAUAAUAACAACAAUAAGCGUCGUACUCCGGCUUGAGCAACCAUUUCUUUCUUUUUCCUUUUUAUAUUUUUUAUAUUUUUUUUGCCCUCGGUCUUGAACUUCCAUGACUCCGAGCGCAGCCUCCUGAGCUGUCCGCGGUGCUGAAUGAACCAGCCGGCACCGAAGCCUCCGCCACGCCGGGACAACCGCCGGGCUUGACUGGGUCGGCCAGACCAGUGUUCCCGCCCUCCCCACUUCAGUUGUUUGUUUUUUUUUUUCAUGGCUGUGGCACGCAAAAUCAAAACUUUGCUGACCGUCAACAUCCUGGUGUUCGUGGGGAUCAUCCUGUUCUCGGUGUACUGCAGGAUCCAGGACCGAUCCGAGGAGCUCAUCCAGCUGGGGCGCCUCUCCGACCAGAGGCUGAGAGCCAGGAAUGGCAAAGUUUCCAACUUGGUGGACAGGCAGUCAAUUCUUCAGCGACUGGAGAGGCUGGAGGAUGUGGUGUACAACCAGCUAAACGGUCUGGCGAAGCCAAUGGGGCUGGUGGAGGGACCCGGAGGCCUCGGCCAGGGCGGGGCCGCUGCCACUCUGGGAGAGGACAGCCACGAUGCAGAGGGGAAGUAUGAGGAGUAUGGCUACAACGCUCAGCUCAGCGACCGCAUCUCCCUUGACAGGAGCAUCCCUGACUACAGACCUAAGAAGUGUAAGCAGCUGACGUACCCGGAGGACCUUCCUCAGAUCUCCGUUGUGUUCAUCUUCGUGAACGAGGCGCUGUCGGUGAUCCUCCGCUCCGUCCACAGCGUGGUCAACCACACGCCGGCACACCUGCUGAAGGAGAUCAUUUUGGUAGACGACAACAGUGACAGCGUGGAGCUGAAAUUCAACUUGGACCAGUACGUGAACAAACGCUACCCGGGCCUGGUGAAGAUUGUGAGGAAUAACAAGCGGGAGGGCUUGAUCCGAGCCAGGAUCCACGGCUGGAACGCCGCCACGUCGCCUGUCGUCGGCUUCUUUGACGCUCACGUCGAGUUCAACACUGGCUGGGCUGAACCCAUUCUGACCCGGAUGAAGGAGGAUCACACGCGCAUUAUUCUCCCCGCCAUCGACAACAUCAAGUACAACACCUUCGAGGUGCAGCAGUAUGCCAACGCCGCCCACGGCUACAACUGGGGUUUAUGGUGCAUGUACAUCAUCCCGCCGCAAGAGUGGCUGGACAAGGGCGAUGAGACGGCCCCCAUCAGGACUCCGGCUAUGAUUGGCUGCUCCUUUGUGGUCGACCGGGAAUACUUUGGUGAGAUCGGUCUGCUGGAUCCUGGCAUGGAAGUGUACGGAGGAGAGAACAUCGAGCUGGGCAUGCGGGUGUGGCAGUGCGGGGGGAGCAUGGAGGUCCUGCCGUGCGCCAGGGUCGCCCACAUCGAGCGCACCAAGAAGCCCUACAACAACGACAUCGACUACUACGCCAAACGCAACGCCCUGAGAGCGGCGGAGGUGUGGAUGGAUGAAUACAAAUCCCACGUCUACAUGGCCUGGAACAUUCCCAUGAACAACCCGGGAGUUGAUUUUGGCGAUGUCUCAGAGCGCGUGGCCUUAAGGAAAAGGAUGCAAUGUCGAAGCUUUCGCUGGUACCUGGAGCACGUCUACCCGGAGAUGCGGAUCUACAACAACACCAUCACAUAUGGCGAGGUGAGAAACAGUAAAGCCAGCGGCUACUGCCUGGACCAGGGCUCCGAGGACGACGACAAAGCCAUCCUGUACCCGUGCCACGGCAUGUCCUCCCAGCUCGCCCGCUACUCCACCGAGGGUCUUCUCCAGCUUGGACCCUUGGGGUCGACCACAUUUCUUCCUGACACAAAAUGUCUCAUUGAUGACGGCAGAGGACGCACCCCGGGUCUGAAAAAAUGCGAUGCCGUCUCCAGGAUUUCCCAAAGGCUUUGGGAUUUUACACAGAACGGCCCGAUCAUCAACAGAGACACGGGUCGGUGCUUGGAGGUCGAGAUGUCCAAAGAUGCCAACUUUGGUCUCCGCCUGGUGGUGCAGAGAUGUUCCGGUCAGAAGUGGAUGAUACGGAACUGGAUCAGGCACCCCAGGCACUGAGGAGGCCGUCAUUUCCCAGACGUUUUGGCCAACAUUUCCAAUCGCAGCAGCAGACUGCUGAGAGAGGAGCAGAAACCGGUUUAUUGCCGCGAGGUAUGGGAUUUCACGCUUACAAACUUGCAAAGCACGCCGACCUCCAACUCGGGCAACAGAGGUUCCGCUGCAACGAGCCUUAAAGAAGAAUACGAUCAAUGUAUUUGUUCCCCUGAGCUUCUUCUUCACGCCACAACCUUCAGCAGAGCUGCACUCUUUGAAAUGGCCGACCUCUCUGACAUUCAGCCAUAUGUAUAGAGCACAUCCCCUUUGUGCAGUCCCGUUCAAUAUUCUGCGGCAGUGACUCUACUGUAAAACUCUCGCUUCUUAGGAAGAAAAAGAAGAAGAAAAGACAUGUAGGGCUUUUUGGGGUGUAUUGACUUUCACAAGGUAGACUGGGGUAAAUUAGGGGAGAUAAUUGUUAUCAAUGGCCAGAUGAAACUGAGUCUUUCGGGAGUAAUUUGAGGAAGUAGCUGUGGACAUAACGUGCCGCCCUGGCAGGACAUGUAAUGAGCUCCAGAGCUGCUGGCUGUCAUCCAAACAGGAGUGACUUCACCUUUACUCACACUUCUUUGUUUCUGUGGACUGUAUGGCUCACUGUGGACAAAAAAAAGAAAAGAAAAGCAAUCAUGUGCCUUUUGUUUAUGAUUUUUCAGCUUCAUCUGACCUGAGAUUGUCAGCCCCAAAAGCAUGUAUAAAGCUAUUUGAAAGUUAAAUUAUAAAAACUGUAUAAAGCCGUUUAAUAAUAGUAAUAUAUUGUUAAAAAAAGAAAACGAAAGUGGAAAACUGAUAAAUGUCCUCAAAACAAUUACUAUUAGAAUAUUAAAAACCCUUUCUAUUAGUUGCCUGUCUUUCUUUUUCAAAAUCUUUAACGAAUGAAUGUUAGCUUUUUCUUCACGUUGUGCUAUCAUUGCGUUCGGUGAAUACCUGCAUUUUCUUUUGUACCGGGCCCGCUGCUGACAUUGACAGAACAAUUGCUUGUCUUUUGUUAAUGCUGCUGUUACAGAAAGCUAAAGUCUCCAUCAUGUUUGUGUCCCUCUGCUCUAAUUCAUCCAGUCCACCAAGUUCUUCAAAAAGACACACACAGACUUUCAAUGGCUUCUUGUCCCUUCCACAAAACAAAGAGGUGUAAAUUUUUACUCUAUUUUUUAUAGAUUUUUUUUGUUUGUUCUUUUUUUACCUACGAUAAACACAUAAAACAAAUGCAGCAUGCACAAGCACCAGGAGGAUCUAUGUUAGUUUCAAGAAAAGUAUUUGAGCAAAAAGGGACAUUUUGAAGGAGGAUGCGUUUCAACUCAUUGCAGUACGAGUGUUACCAUAAAAAAAAUUAAAUGUUAGUAAAUACAUAUUACAUCAUCCGAAGUAUUUUCUUAUUUUCAAAUUCGCAUAUCAAUUUGAGUGACAUCCAGCCUUCUAGAAAGGUUUUCCAGUUGGUGUGUUUAUGGGGAUUUCCUCAGCACUGAUGUCAGACAGUAGCUGCGUUUCCACGACGAAUGUGUGAAAAAUUUAUCGAAAAAAACACAAUUUUGUUAUUGUGUUGUUUCCAUUAAAUAAAAAAAAACAGAAUUAAAGUCACACUUUACGUUGUUCACGUGCCGCGCCAUCAUCCGACCACUUCCUGUUGGUCUCAAAGUUGUGAGUGUAAAACAGCCGCCCACAUUAAUCCCCAAUGCACUCAACUUUAAAGUUGAAACUGUGCAGGCAGGAGAGCGCUUUUCUCCCUGGAACUCCCAAACCCACACUCAUCCGUUGGACUGCCAGACCCGGAGGCAUCAUUCUUCACUCUAGAGGACACUUUACUGCUUUAAACCAGAGAAAGCCUGCUGUACGCCACUGCACCUGACGCUCUGCGUUGCUUGGUGAUGUAAGACUUGGAUUCAGAAAAGCUUUUCUACGAACCUCUAUACACACACGAAGGGUACAAGAAGUUUUGAGGCCUGACUGUAGAAAUCGACUAUAUACCUCACGCUUGAUAUGUUGCGUUGUUUUUGUGACACACAUAGCUUUACGAAUAUAAACGGUUCAUUUUCACCUUCAAUUGUCCAAACCAUCUUCUUCCGACUCGUUUGAUUUCUCUGUCUUUAUGGACAAUAUGGUGCAAAAACACCAAAUUUGUGAAGCGAUUGGUAGUUUUUUGUAAUGACAACUAAUCCCACCCGAGCUGUGGAUUUCUGUUGCUCCUUCAAAGUUACUCUAUUUAUUAAUACUCCUUGCCCUUCCUUGUCAGUUCAGCUAAAAGGCAAUGUAUGCCAGCUCUUUGCCAUUUAUACCUCUUUGCCAUUUUUGAAUGUUGAAUUAAACACGGAUCUUUGAAACGUC